AUGAACAGAAUGAACCCGACUAACGCUGCAGCGCAAUCUACUAUACCUUUUCCAACUAUGCCACUCGAGCUCCGCGAGAUCAUCUACCGUCAUGCGAUACUCCCAGAGGACCUUACUUCUCAGUCUCAGCCCCUGAACUUCGGCCCCGUAGACACCCGGCGUGGAGGCGACCCUUUCUACCUACAGUGGCUCGAACAACUCUGUCGCGUGAACCAAGCCACGCGCGUCGAUGUAUCCCUGUAUCUUCUACGGACGACCGAGUUCUAUCUCAUCUAUCCGGAGCAAGUAGUGCGAUUCACGAUGUUCCUGGAAAGUCUAGGCGAGAACGACCAAGGCUUUGCCGCAAUUCGUAAACUCGAUUUCCAACUCUUUGGCCGCUACCAACCAAUUGCUGGGACUAAGAACACUUACAUCGAGCUCAUGAAGCGAUGCACAGGGCUAACGCAAGUCGCAUUGAAGUUCGAAGUUGGGUACAUGACUAUUGACUCAUGUAACUGGGCUGAGGAUGUUGUUAUCCCUCCUACAACGCUAGGGACCUUUGAUCUAUGGACAUUCGAUCAAACGCGCAUCAGAGAGUUGGAAGAUGUCAUUACAAUUUACCAGUUGGCAGAUCUACUGGAGGUAGAAGGUUUGCAGACGUUGACGAUCGAGGCUUGGCCUAGGAUCAGGGCCAGAAUAUGUGUGUCCAUCGUCUACCGAAAGGACCUCCUAUUCAAGCAGGGUGCGCUUGCGCACGUCUGGCUUGCCUCGAAUCAGCAGAAGAAGCUCACCAAGGCCCAGGUGCUGCAGCACAAGAUCCCAGAGAGUUGCGAGGUCAUUAUCCGACCCGAGGUGGCCGCUGGCGGUCCGCUUGCAUUGCGGUUGAACGCGCAGUUGCUCCUCGGUGAGGUUCGCAUCUACAACAAGAAGGUCAACUACCUCCAGGAUGACUGUCAGGAAGCGCUGUGGAAGAUCAGGAUGGCCUUCCGUCCCGGAAACAUCGAUGCGCCCGCCCAGACUCACGUCGCCAACCCCACAAACCUCAUGCUACAGGAUCAGAUCACCGAUCUCGAUCUGCUGGCUCCCAUGCCCGACCCUUCUUUCCUUCUCUCCCAACCUCUUAGCGGCAGCCUCAACCUCGGCAACACCACAGUCCCCGAUUGGGACAACAGCCAGUUCCUUUCCGGCAGCAUUGAGCAGGCGCGCGGAGAGCCCAUGGAAUUGCCGGAUGACGACCUGAACCUGGACAUUGGAGAGGAUGAUGACUUGGAGCCGACAGCCGCCUACGACGAGGGUACCAGCAUUGAAGUUGGCCGUAACGCACCUUUGGAACGCCGUCGGUCCGAAGAGUUUACCGGGCUAGGCAAAGACAUGAUAGUGGAUGACGAUGAUCUCGGCAUCGACCUUGGCGAAGAUCCUCCCACUGAACUCGCACGCGGCCAUGAACUCAAUUUGGACGAUGACCUGGAUAUUACCAUGGGCGGUAUGGACAUGGACACCGAACUUCCUGCAGGCUCUAUCGCCGGCGACUUCCCUGUGCGACAACGUGAAGAGUCACCGCUCUCCGAGUUGGGAGAGGAGGAGGCCACACGUCUUGAACAGGAGGUUGCCGAACAGAACGUCACCGUGUUUGAGCCAGAGCCAGAGCAGGAAGAGGAAGAAUCAAUCCAUCAAGCCCGCGCCAAGCGCAGGAGGGUCAUUGCAGCUGAUGCCGAAACUAUGAUCUCAAGUCACCAGUUGAGGGAGCAACAGAACAACCGCGAGAAGAUCCUCAAGCCUGCAUCGUUCCUGCCUCGCGACCCUCUUCUGAUGGCUUUGAUGAACAUGCAAAAGUCCGGAGGGUUUGUCUCAAGCAUACUGGGCGACGGGCGAAGCCAAGGAUGGGCUCCAGAGCUUCGAGGUAUCCUUUCCCUAGAAGUUGUCUCACGCCCAGCCCAGAAGCGCAAGCGUGGUGGUGCAAUUGCCGACAACGACGCUACCGAAGACGAGGCCGCAGCCGAAGGAGAGAAGACGCCACAACUGCAGCUGGAAUUUGAGCAGGAUGAGCCGACUUUGGGAGGCGGUGACCUUGGCCUUGGUGGCGACAACGACCCAACGCUUGCGGGAUCCGACGACAUUGUUCAACUUCCUGACGACCCUGGCUUCCAGCAGGUUGGUGAUGACGAAGAGGACAUUUUCUCGCCCGUUCCAGACAACUUCGACGACACAACCGCGCCGCUAGUCCAUCCCGACGAAGCUGGGCCCGUAUCGCUAGGCACAAAGCACGCUGUCCAUUUCUUGCGAGAACAGUUUGGACCCGAAGCUGAAGAGAGCGAGUCGGUACGACAAAAGACCAGCAUCGUUUUUCAGGAUGCCUUCCCAGAGGCCCGCACAUCACGAACAGACGCGACGAAGAUGUUCUUUGAAAUGCUGGUACUGGCGACCAAGGAUGCCAUCAAAGUUGAGCAGCCAGCUAACGAGCUUGGUGGCCCUCUACGCAUUCGCGCUAAGCGUGGCCUUUGGGGACAAUGGGCAGAGACUGGUGCUAGUGGCGAGCUGGCAUCCCAGGCUCAAGCAGCACCUACAGGAGAUCCCGACGCGCCCGCUGAGGCCAUGUUCCAGGGACCACCUGAGGUGUCUGUAUCUGCCUAA